AUGGCAUGGAAUGAAAGCAGUCAAAGGAUACUUGCUUCCUGGGACCUGGAGACACAGACAUACACGGUCCUUCCCAUGGAGAACAUGUCAAUAUUGCCCCAGGAAAGCUCCCUGGCACCGUCAGAGAAAGCUGUUGACUCCCCCCAUCCAGUCUGGGCUGCUCUUGAUAUCCUGUGCAUAGCCAUCUUUGGAGUGACAUUCAUCCUAGGCACGGUAGGCAAUGCUCUUGUCAUCUGGGUAGCUGGUUUCCGUAUGCCUUGUACUGUCAGCACUGUGUGGUUCAUCAAUCUUGCUAUUGCUGACUUUGCUUUCUGCCUCUCCCUGCCCCUCAACAUGACCUUUGUAAUUCUACAGAGACACUGGCCUUUUGGUCGGGUUCUCUGCAAACUCCAUGGUUCCGUGAACAACCUUAACCUUUUUGCCAGUGUCUUCCUAGUGUCCCUGUUUUCUGUGGACCGCUGUGUCACCGUCCUUUGGCCUCUUUGGGCCAGGAAGCACCGAAGGCCAUGCCUGGCAGCCUUGGGGGCUUUGGGGGCCUGGCUCAUGGCUCUUGCCUUCUGUGGCAUCUCGCUGAUGAUCAAGGACACAAUUACAUACCAUGGUGUCACCUACUGCUACAAUAACUAUGAUAUCUGGAAUGAAACCCACGGAAACCAUGAGCUGUGGAAGCAGAUUGCCAUCCCUCGGUACCAUGCCUUUAUCAUCAUCCGUUCGUUAUGUGGCUUUGUGGGGCCAAUGGUUAUCAUUGGGAUCUGCUAUGGCCUGAUAAGUGCCAAGCUUUGGUGGAAUCAUUAUACAUCGUCCAGCCAGCCCUUUCGGAUCCUCAUAGCUGUAGUCAUUGCUUUCUUCCUCUGCUGGCUGCCCUUUAAUGUACUCCAGUGGUUAGAAUUUGUCUCCUCUUUGAAGAAUUAUCAGGUCCUCUCUACCACUGUUCAACGCCUGGGCCCAAUAGUCACCUCUCUGGCCUUUGUGAACAGCUGUCUCAACCCGGUGCUUUAUGUUUUCAUUGGACGUGAUUUUCGUGAGCAGUUGCUCCGCUCUCUGCCAGCUAUCCUGAAACGAGCCUUGACUGAGGAGCCACAGAGCAAGGAACAUCCGUACAGCAAAUCACAAGAUGUAAACUUAUCUCCACCUCAUCUUUAUUCAUAG